GCACAGCCUCCAACGGGUCCUAGUCUCAAAGACUAUCCUCCUUCGACGCAUCUUUUCCAAUCGUGCGAAGGAUCUCCUCGUGGAUCUGUAUCUCCUCGAGCCUCUGGAUCUCCUCGAGGCUCUGGAUCGACUCAACCUCAAUGUGGAGGAUCUGUUCAUCGUCUAGCAUCCACGUCGAAACAACCUCCAUCAGCGGUUCAACGGGAAGCGUUCAAUCAGUCUCCUGCGACAGUUCAACGGGAAGUGUCCAACCAGUCUCCAAUCUUGAAUCAACAAUGGGAAGCGUCAAAUCCUCCACCUCGAGCCUCUGUAUCACAUCACGGCUCCAAGCUCAAAACUCACGUGCAGAGGAAGAAGAAGAUGAGGAAGCUGAGUCUAGGAAGAUGUUAAAAGGUAUUCAACUCUCCCACAUUUGAGCUUGAAACCCUAUGUUAUCUGUCACAAACGAGAGAGGGGUAUAUUUAAGAAUUAGAAGCUUAGGGAGGUACAUCAAUAAGAAGCGGAAGUACAUACAAAACAGUUCUUCUUUCACUUCCUUGCAAUCACAGCUGGAGGACGCCAACCGCAAAAUAGAGGAAGAAGCGACUCUACAAGCACGUCGUGAGGUAGAGACAUUGCAGGUGAAUCAGGUACUUUUGGACUCAACUUGGAGGUUUCUAGCACAAGGGAUGGACAGACUCGAGUUCGGGGGAUCUAAGGAAGGACUUAAACUAUACUCGGCUUAUAUACUCGGCUGGAGGCCGAGCGGAGCACACUUGAAGAACAAGGAGUCUACUCGACCAAGGCACUCGGCUGGAGGCCGAGUAAUGCACUUAAGGAAGAAGAGAAGCUGCUCGACCAAGCCACUCGACCAAGACCCGAGUGAUGUGACCAAGAGGAAGUCACUCGACUUUUCUACUCGGCCAAGACCCGAGUGGUGCAGC